AAUAUAUACGCGACAAAACACUUUAAAGUGAUGGAAAUGGACAUGUUAAUCUGCAACAAAUGCUUCACUCCGCUUUAUAGAGGCAAACGUCCGUACUACAUUACACAGUGCGGUCAUAUCUCUUGCCAGACUUGUCUGCAGCAAUUCGAGAAGCAGUGUCCGCAAUGUCAACGUGUCGGCACCAUUUCAUUAGCAUUAGAAGAACCGUUGAUACCGAAGUUGACACCAUUCUUCCACACUUCUAUUGCCGAGACUAUGGAAAUGUUGUUGAAGGUGGACUCGUUUCGCAACAAUCAGUUUAAAAUAUUGAUGCAGCGCUUCCAGGAACUUGAUAAAAAAUACGAGGUACUGAAAACUCGGUACUGGCUAGACCGUCGCAAUUUGAGAGCGUUGACGGAAAAAUACGUGAUUUCGAAGAAGGCUAAUGAGAAGCUCGAAAAGAAACUGCUACUCGUCCAGGUGGCCAAUAAGGAAACUCCGCGAUCCCGCGGAACAGAAAUGCCGAUGACAGACUCCGGUAUUUUCUCGAAUCAGUCGAACACAGGAUAUUCUCUGGCAUCAUCAAUAAAUUUUAUGAAUUCCGCGGGCAUAACACCACCUAUUCGAUCGCCCGAGAGAAAAUUCUAUAGAACUGCCGAUGGUUUUCGCAUACCCGUAAACCGUAAAUUACCUGCGAAAUCUCUUGCUUCUUCGAAUAUGUUAUCUUAA